AUGGCUAGUCCUACCUCAUAUGUCACGGCCAUUUGUCGGCCAGCAGACGCAGAAGCUUCUGAGGCGGAGGCUGCUAUUUCUGGGUCGAAAUCACUUUCUAGGACCAAACCUUUAGUAGCGGUGCAAGCGGAGCUUCAAACGCGUUCAGUGAAGGGCAAGGAGAGGGGGAGUGGAAAAGAGAGUCAGGGGAGCAUCAGGAGAGUGGGGGACGAGGAGGGGGGAGAAACGGGAGGUGAAGAUGUGAGCGAUGCAAGGAGAGCAGGGAAUGUGGGGGGAAAGAGUGAGGGAGGCGGGAGCAAGAGCUGCAGGACGAAAGGCUGCAAGGAGGAGGAGGAAGAGGCAGUGGCAGUGAUUGCUGGAGUGCUGAGGGAGAAAUUCGGGCCUCAGAUUGUGAAAGAGGAGUUGGAGGAACGGGGGAGUGGGAUAGGAAGCAGCGAAGGCGAAGAGGGGGUGGGGAGAUUGAAAGUGGAGGAGGGGGACGAUGAGGAGGAGGAGGAAGUGGAGGAGGAGGAGGAAGCAGAAGUAGAACCGUGUGAAGAGAACGCACCACCCACCACAUCUCCUUCCACACCCCCUCCUCCACUCAACAGCCGGCGGGUCGUAUCUCGCUCCUCCCUCCUCUCCCUCUACCGCUUUUUCUCCUCCCACCUCGGCAUUUCCUCCCCUUCCAUUGUCUCUUCCCUCCUCGCCACUUACCCGCAACUCCUCCGCUCCAAUCCCACCAAUGAUUUUCUCCCACGUGUCCGCCUUCUCCAGUCAUAUGGCAUUUCCGAUGCUGACAUCGCGCACAUGACUUUGAGUAACCCAGCCUGGCUCCGCUCCUCCCUGCCACAGAUUCAGAAUAUGCUUGAGCUUCUUUUAGGUAAAGGCAUUCGCCGUAGCAGAUUGGGUCUGGUGCUCCGACGUGGUCGCAACUUACUCUGCCGUGAAGCACGUUCAACGAACCUGGACAUUCUGGUGGAGAAGGCAGGGGUUCCUGUGGACAAGCUGGGCUCGUCCUCCAUUGCAAGCUCUGUGCUUCGUCGUGGCCCCAACAUCAUCGGUUUCAACAAAGAAACUCUCUUAGCUAAGCUCCAGUUCUUUGUGGAGCUGGUGGGGGAGGAGGCAGCAGGGAGAAUGGUGAGGAGCUUCUCGCAGACGAGUGUUGGGGACAGGAGGGGUGUUUCAAUAGGAGCUGGGAAAGAGAGGAGCAAGCUGGGUUCUGUGUCUGACAAAGUGGAGGGGGUAGAGGGGAUUGAAUGGGGAGCGGAAGAAGGGAAGAGUGGGCCGUUAUAUGGGGUUGUCGCAGGCAAUGAUGAGCCAGGGGAAAGAGUAGUUACAGAGCGGCAGCUUCUGGAUUUGGAGGGGUCAAAGAAAAGGGUGUGCUUGCAGCAGUUUCUCCUAUGUACAGACAAGCAGUUUGACGAGAAGUUUGGGGUCAAAGUGUAG